ACAUAUAGUGUGAACCAUCGGGUCGUAAUCAAUGUCUUAAUUUUUACCGAGUUACUUAUAUUGGAGUGAACUUCCCGUAUCGUUUAGGUAUUUUUUGUAAUACGCAUCAGUGACUCAUAAGUGAGUACUGUGAGUAGUGAAAAUCAUAACAAACAAACGAACAGCGUCAUACCUGUAAGCACAGCUUUUUUUAGUUCAUCAUGGCAGAGCGUGAGCCUAUAAGUGGCUCGAGCCGAGACUACGGCGCGAUCGCCGCGCCUCCCACGGUCGGCUUUGCCGACUUCAGCCCCACAGAGCUGUACAAUCUCAGCGAAGGCAUUGCUGACAAUGUCAACAGCAUCAACAUAGGACUGCGGUCUCUGGAGAAGAUGAUGAAACAAAUUGGAGGGCCUAAUGAUAAUCUACAACUUAGGGAUAAAAUCCACGACACUCAACAGACAGUGAACGGGUCAGUGUCGGCGACGGCGCGCGACAUCCAGCGGCUCGGUGUGGUGGCGCGACGCGGGGACAAGCCGCAGAAACUACAGGUGGAGAGGCUCACACAGGCGUUCAAGGAUGCGCUUGCCAAGUACUCUUUAGUACAAAAGCAAGUAUCAGAGAAGAUGGCGGCCCACAUGCCGAAACAAGCACGCAACCGUAACGACCCGUCUUUGCUCGAGCGACAAGCCAUCGCCGACGACGAGGAGUCUGCCUUGCUGGAUAACCAGCAAGCACAGGCGCGUCUCGUUCAGUUCGAGACGAACAUGCUGUUAGAAAGAGAGCAGUAUAUCCACAAGAUAGAAGCCGAUGUGCUAGAUGUAAAUCAGAUCAUGCAAGACCUUGCUAGCCUAGUCCACCAGCAGGGCCAAACUGUAGACACGCUCGAAGGUCACAUAGAAGAGGCCAGCGCCAACGUCGAAGCUGGCGUCGACGAGCUGGCCAAAGCCGAGCAGCACCAGCGCAGCUACAGGAAAAAAAUGUUCAUCCUCAUCAUCAUCGGCAGCAUUGUGGCCAUCAUAUUCAUCGUUUGGAUCAUCAAGGCAUUCAGAUAAACAGCGUAUUGUCUAUGAUUUUAUUCUCUGAAGGUUUGUAAUAUAUGGCGACAUUGCGGUAGUUCUCACAGUGAGUUCGACUGAUUUGUAGGUACGUGUAUUAGAAAAAUAGUUAUUUUUUUCUAUAAGAAACUCGUUGCAAUUGUCCCAUUAAAACGCAUGUAUCUGAUAGGGUAAGGAUGCCUAUAACAGAAAAAAACUAAUCAGUAAUCAUAUACGAGUAAUAUAUUAUAAGAUUGAUAGAAGAUUUCUUUGUUGUGAUAAUUUUAGUGCCAGGUUCGAACUAAUGUUUGAAUACUUGCAACUAAGAUGUUGCAAUGUGCGCUAGAGCUUGUAAAAGA